GUGCCGCGGGUCUAGGCUUUAGCAUCCGGUCCGGUGUCAAUAUCUUCCUGCUCAUUUUCAAAGUUUUCCGUACACCGAAACAUGCCCUUCUUGGACCUGAUAGCUUCAAGUUUGCCGCCAUGCUGGGCACAUUCGUCACUCUUUACAAGUUGCUACUCAACACACUACCAUUAUUCUCCUCCCAUCUUUCUGAUUUCUCACCUCCAUUACUCCCAUGGGGGGCACAGACACCAGUCACCCCUGCCGGAUAUGAUUCUGAUCCGAACUGGAGCUUGCUCACGCCGAGCAAUGAGAAAGGUCCAAUCAAAUUCAACCUGGGAGAUGAUACCGAGGAUAGGCCCGGGGAACCGCAGAUUGACCCCAGUAACAUCAAGGCGACACAUGAGAUUUGGAUUCGCAAGAAGGGUAGAAGGUGGCAUGCCGCUCUUGCUGGUACGAUUGCUGGUGGACUUGCAGUCCUGUGGGAGAAGAGGGAAAGGCGGCUCGUGGAUUACAGGGCUCGUGGAAUGCGUUCUCAGCCAAGAAAGGGAUCAAGAUACCGUUUGGUUCCGUUAUUGUCUUCUCGAUGUGGUAUGUGGAUCGCAAUUUAUAGUGACGUCGAGUUUAACCCUGUAUACACCAGCUGUGGCCAGAUAAUGUACUCGUGGCUACUUCGACCGGAUACAAUACCAAGAUCGUAUAGUUUAUGGAUCGGGGAGGCGGCUAAAGUCCUCCAGCCUACUGUUCUCAUCAAUCGAGCAUUUACAAGAACUGGACAGCCUGAUCCCAAGAAUAUGCAGGAGCUGAUUGAUUGGAAGUUUACCACUCCUUCUAAUCGGACCAAGAUUGCACAAGUUAUGGCACUCACUGCGACUGGUCCCAUUGAACGUCGAUUCAGCAAUUGUGCAGAGACCCACCCUUGGCUUGAUUCCUGCACAUAUGUGCAAAUCGAGCGGUUCCUUGAGGUCUUCAAAUGGAUGUUCCCAAUAUAUGGUGCUUUACAUUUCGUUCCUGCUUUGCUCUUUAAGCGAAAGGAGUGGGCCAAGGACGCUCCAGGUAUGCUGUGGAAGAAUCUCCUAGGAACAGGCAGAAGUUCGACCUUCUUGGGAGUCUUUGUCAUUAUCUACCAAAUCGAGGCACCAAGGAGGAGAGCGGAGUUGGCUAUGUACGUCAUGCCAAAGGCCUUAGAAAGUGCAUGGGUUACUGCACGUGGAAGAGGAUGGGUGCAAGGAGGUGGCCGUGUCGGAGAGACUAUCUUGUGCGCCGCUGGUAUGGGAAUGGUUAUGAGCACAUAUCAGGGCUUGUGCGAAGAAUUUUAUACCAAUUUAUUGGACCUAAUUAAUAACAACACCACACAAUUCAAUUACAACUUUUACAUACUAGUGUGA